AUGGAGUCUCCUGCCACCCAAAUUGUCUUCUGCAAGGAUGGGGUGGAGGUGAGCAGCCUGAAAGCCCAGCAGCAGCAGGGGAGCUACUCCAUGCUCUUCCCCAUGACCAGGUGGAGCACAGGGACAUACACAUGUGGAUACCACUACAUGGACAACAGCAACCGACUGAGGAACUCGGCCCUCAGUGCUCCCCAGAUCCUGAGUGUCUCAGCUUCUCUGCCUCCAGACACCAAUCCUCAGGGCUUCAAGACCUUUUCCUCACACUUCAUGAUAGGUUUGGUGACCAUCUUUCUCCUCCUCCUGGCUGCAGCCACCUACUGCUUUGUGAGGAAAGACUCCACCAUCGCCCACGUUGGAGCAAAGAGGGAGCGCUCACAAGGAGGGCCUCCAACAGCCCUCAGCCAAUGGGAGCGCGUGGCGCUGAUGACUCAUCAGUUGCCAGGCAGAGCCACAGCACCCAGCGCUCCCUGCCCGGACCCCACCGGCACCCCCCCCUCGCCCCCGGGACGGCAAUUUGGGCAGGGGGGCGGGGGCCGAGUGUGGGCGGGAGCCCGCGGGGCCCGGCCCUGCCUGGGGGGGCUGACCCUGCCCGCCCGCUCCGAACUGGGCCGGACUGGUGCUCCCAGUGCCGCACGGGCCGGGGCCGCUUUUGGGGACCGUCCGGCACAGCCCGGCUGCUUUUGGGGUGUCAGCACCUGCCCGGCGCUGGGGAUGGGCCGUGUGGGGGGAGCUGGGGCCGUACUGGUGGUACUGGUGGUGCUGGGAGCCCCCCCGGCUGCGGGCGAGGAGCUCUCGGGGGUGUUCCAGUGGAUGCUAAAGCUGGAGUGUCAUUUCAUUGACGGCUCCGACCGCGUGAGGCUCGUGGAGAGGUUCAUCUACAACCGGGAGCAGCUCGUGCACUUCGACAGCGAUUUGGGGCACUUUGUGGGGGACACCCCCUUUGGGGAGAUCCAGGCUAAGCACUGGAACAGCCAGCCGGAAUUGCUGGAGCAGGGCCGGGUUCAGGUGGACACGUUUUGCCGGCACAACUACGAGGUGUCCACCCCAGACCUCGAGAGCCGCAGGGUGCCCCCCAGCGUGUCCAUCUCGCUGGUGCCGUCGAGCUCCCAGCCCGGCCCCGGCCGCCUGCUCUGCUCCGUGAUGGAUUUCUACCCUGCGCCGGUGCAGGUGAGGUGGUUCCAGGACGGGCAGGAGGUCCCGGAGCACGUAAUGGCCACCGACGUGGUCCCCAACGGGGACUGGACCUACCAGGUGCUGGUGAUGCUGGAAAUCCCCCCCCGGCGCGGGGUCACCUACACCUGCCAGGUGGAGCACGUCAGCCUGGAGCACCCCCUCAGCCGGCACUGGGAGAUGCUGCUGGACACCACCCACAGCAAGAUGCUGACAGGCUUCGUGGGCUUCUUGUUGGGCUUCAUCUUCCUGGUGCUGGGGCUCGGCUUCUACCUGUGCCAGAAGGAGGAAAAGUGCCAGCAAAACCUCUGCUCUGGCCAUGAGGAGAGCAGACUCAGGCUGCUCAGGGAAUUAAGAAGGAAGGUCCCCUGGGAAAACACUUUUGCAGGUGCUGGCGUCCAUCACUGCUGGCCACUUCUCAAACAUCACCUCCUGAGGGCACAGGAGCAGCGAUUCCCAAAUGUUGGAAGUCAGGCAGGUGAGACAGAAGGCGGCUUGGCUGAGCAGGGAUCUUGUCUUGGAGAUAAGGCAGAAAAGUAA